AUGAAAAUCGAAUUAAUAAAAAAUUCAUGUCUUCGUACGGAACAAUUUUUUACUUUGAUAGUAAUCUGUCUUGUCUCGUUUGAUUAUUAUUAUCAUCAAAGUGAUCAAAAUAAUAUCAUUGCCUAUAAUAUUCCUGAUCCAGUAGAAUGUACUGGCAUUUUCAAUAUUUGUACUGAUGUUGGCAAAGAACGACUGGGACGUCAAUCCAUGCGUGCAAUACAUGAACAAAUGGAUGGCGAUAAAGAUGGAUUCUUUCAAUCGUCUGAAAGUACUGAUUUAAAAAUUGCGUUAAAUCAAGCAGAAGAACAUGCUCAACAAGAAUCAUAUGAACCAUCAAGUGAAUUAAUUGAUUUACUUAAACGUACUUAUCGUACUGAAGAAAUAGCUUUUGAAGUAAAACGAAAAUUAACUGAAAAUUCUUUAAUGACAGCUAAAGAGCAAAUGAAUAAAAUAUCUAAAAUGCAGAAAGGAGUUUUUCAUGCUCUACGAAUUGCACAUACCAAUUGUAUAGUUAAUGUUAAAGAACGAUUAACUGAAAUUCAUGAUGAAUAUGUAGAACGUGAAGAACGUUGA